AUGCAGACGGCGGCGCCCAACUCGGCUUGCUUCAUGGUUGCUCGUCUGUUCACUGGUAUGACGAUGGGCUGGAUGAACAACGCGACCCCGGUCCUGAUCGCCGAGGUGGCAUACCCGAGCCAUCGCGGCAUUGCGAGUGCUCUCUAUAUAACAAGUUACUACAUCGGCAGCAUUCUUGCAGCGUGGGUGACGUACGGUACCUGGACCUGGGCUUCCAGCUGGGCCUGGCGUUUUCCCUCUAUACUGCAGCUGCUGAUGCCUGCGUUGGCUCUACCUGGGCUUUGGCUAGUGCCGGAAAGUCCGCGGUGGUUGACCUCUGUCGGACGCAUUGCCGAAGCACGAAAAGCACUGGUUGAUCACCAUGCCGGCGGAGAUAAAAAUGCUCCUUGGGUCAACAGCGAACUACGCGGCAUUCAGGAGGCGAUCGCUGCGGAGAUGGCGGCAGAGAAGGAGUCGGCUUGGACAGAACUCAUCUGCACGCCAGGAAACCGACACUGGCUCUUCAUUACCAUCACCCUGGGCUUCUACGGUCAAUGGGCCGGCAACGGCCCUCUGUCUUACUAG